AUGUCCGCCUCGCCUUCGUAUGCUGGGUGGGAGCCAAGUGAACAUGAUGCCGACGUACCGCGCGAAUCAGCAGGUAUAAGUGCCCAGGCCAUGUGGGAGAAAUACAUCCAGAAGAGAAAACCUGCUGCUUUUGAUGGCCUCUUGGACGAUGACACUUGGCAUGGAGAGCGCUUGGCCGACCUAGACUACCUGCGUCAGCGGGCAGGCCAAGCGCAGGUCAAGGUAGAGCCUAUCAAUACUACGAAGCAAAUGUUUGGGACAGCGGAGAAGCGUGAGGCCAUGACAUUCGCCCAAUUUCUUGACGUCGUGCAAGACAAGCGUCAGGGUGGCAAAUACUAUCUGACGACGCAGUACGAGCAAGAAGAGGAGCAGGGCGAGGACGAAGACUGGCCUGAUAUGGAUCCGAUUCUUCCCUCUCCUGUGCAUCUGCUGCAAAAAGAUUUUCCUCUGCAUCCACGUAUUCUGGGCAACCUGGUUUUGCAGCAAUGCAACCUUUGGGUCGGCGGUACCCAAGAACCGAAGUCGUCUGGUUUGCAUCACGACUUCCACGAUAACUUGUACCUUUUGCUGUCAGGAUACAAACGAUUCAUCCUCUUUCCCCCGACUGCCUAUCCAUACCUGCGCUUACGCGGACAUGUUGAGCAUCUGCACAAGAACGGGCUGUUGGUGUAUGAGCCGGACCACCGGAUUCGAGCUGAUGGACUCGAUGAAAUCGAUGCCGCCCACUGGCGCGUAGCGUCUCGCUCUCACCAAAAUGGAAAAAAGAGGCGGAACCAUGCUCAGCAUGAUGUGCAUGGAUCGUAUGAAGAAGCCAAACAAGCACUUCAGGAGAUGAGGGCCAAAUAUGACCCUGAAGAGGAUGAGGACGACGAUGAGGAAGAUGACGACGACGAGGAAGAUGACGAAGUCCUCCAGGAUCCUGAAUCUGACAAUGAUGCGUUUGAGCAAGAUGAAGAUGAGUACGAGCAGCUAUUUGAGAGCGAUGAACCUCCGAGCUUUUCAUAUAUUGCGCCUAGCGUGCUCCACGAACAUUUUCGCAUUCCGUCCCCCAUACCUGCUCCAAAAGAUGUCGACAAAACAAUGAUCCCCUUGCAGGGAUGUCCUAAACCCUUGGUGGUAGAUUUAAAACCAGGUCAAAUGCUUUAUGUUCCUGCCAGCUGGUUCCAUGAAGUCACAUCGUACGGAAGUCAUGGGUCACCUCAUAUCGCAUUCAAUUACUGGAUGCAUCCGCCAGAUGGACAGGAUGCCAAGGAACCUUAUGUCGAUACAGAAGUUUGGAAUACCAUUCGGAACCGUGUCAUACUACAUAACCAUAACUAA